AUGACUUACUUGAUGUCUAUGUUAUUACUUGGUUUGUUACUUGGUCUUGUUGCGGUGGCUUCAAACCCUUCUCCUUAUUUUGCUGCACUGGGUUUGGUGGUUGUGGCUGGGAUGGGUUGUGGCGUAAUGGUUAGUUAUGGGGGGCCUUUUUUGUCUUUAGUUUUAUUUUUAAUCUAUUUAGGAGGGAUACUAGUUGUAUUUGCAUAUUCAGCGGCUUUAGCCGCUGAACCUUACCCAGAGAGUUGAGGUAAUUGAUCGGUGGCAGUUUAUGGGCUAUCUUACGUUGGGGCUGUAGUUCUGGUAUCUUUACUUUUUUACAACGGGUGGUCGGAGUAUUCUUGGGUGCCUGUGGAUGAGUUGGUAGAACUGUCGGUGACUCGAGGGGAUACGUCGGGGGUGGCCAUUAUAUAUUCUUCAGGGGGUUGAAUGUUAAUAAUUAGUGCUUGAGUGCUUUUGUUGACACUAUUUGUCGUGCUAGAGCUGACACGGGGCCUUAGCCGGGGUGCGCUUCGUGUGGCCUAG